AAAGAAGGUAUGUUAUGUUACGUAGAAGUUGAAGAAGAAGAAAGUGAGAAGUUGAAGGAAAUUGAAAUGGCUGAAGCACAACUGCGAGACCAGUACGGCAAUCCUAUCUCACUCACCGAUCAGCACGGUAACCCAGUUGUAUUAACCGACGAGCGCGGCAACCCUGUUUACGUCACCGGAGUCGCAACCACGGCUACGCCCGCCGUCACUGCAGGUUCAGGGUUUGGGAUCCACGGUGGUCCUGGUGCAACCACAGGAACAACCACCGUGUCGGAUCUCAUAACAACACAACCAAGGGACAAUAGAGAGUUUCGUCGUUCCUCCAGUUCUAGCUCUAGCUCGUCUGAGGAUGAUGGACAAGGUGGGAGGAGGAAGAAGGGAGUGAAGGAUAAAAUAAAAGAGAAGCUUCCAGGGAGGAAGAACGAGCAGCAUUCACCGACAACGACCACCACUACCACCACCGCUGCUACUGGUGUUCCACAACCAACACGGCCAACCGCCACUAAUCCAAAUCCUAACCCUAACUCUAACCACCCUGAACAUCACAAAAAGGGCAUAAUGGAGAAGAUCAAAGAAAAAUUGCCUGGCCACCACAACCACUGAAAAUCUCUCUCUGUGGGUCUAUGUGUUCUGAUAUAGUUUGGGUAGUGAUUAAUAAUUAAUUAAUUAAUUAAUUAACUAGUUGUUAUUAUAGGUUUGUAUUGUGUAAUGUGAGUGAUUAAUAAUUAAUUAAGUACGUAGUUGUUAUAUUAUAUAUGCUUUGUAUUAUGUGACGUGAUUAUCUUUUAAAUCAUGUACCCUUCAGUUUUAAAACGGUGUAUUACUAUUGUCAUGGACAAGUUUCAAGAUUCCACUGA